UUUGUUCCCGAAUCCGUUAGUACUUCCCUUAGUUCUAGCACCCUUGUUCCCGAGCCCUUGAAUCUCACACUGACUGAGAACUACAAGCCUGAUCUGUAUGUUUGUUCCUGUUUUGAAGCACAUAGGGUGUGUUCUGUCAAAGUAACAUGGAGUCUGAAGCUUUGUUUCCUGAGGACGAUCUUUGUUGCUCUGUUUGUUGUGAGAUUUUUAAAAAGCCUGUUCUCCUGAAAUGCAGCCACAGCUUCUGUAGAGUGUGUCUGCAGCAGUACUGGGAACGGAAGAGCUCUCGAGAGUGUCCCAUCUGCAGGAGAAAGGCCUCUAUGGAGGAACCUCCUCGAAACCUGGCCUUACAAAACAUUGUGGAGACUUACUUAAAGCAGAAGACUGAGAGAGAAACUGCAGACAAGACUGAGGCUCGCUGUAUUCUUCAUGGGGAGAAACUUAUUUUAUUCUGUGAACAUGACAAAGAGCCUCUCUGUGUCAUCUGUCAGACAUCAAAAAAACACAGAAAGCACCGGGUCUGUCCAGUGGAAGAGGCUGCACGGGAGCUGAAGGACGAACUCAAGCCUGCACUUAAUCUUAUUAAAGAAAAACUGGAGAAGUUUACCAUGGUUGAACAAGCAUGUAAGAAGACCGCAGAACACAUCAGGAGUCAAGCCCAGCACACAGAGAGACAGAUGAAGGCAGAGUUUGAGAAGCUCCACCAGUUCCUGCGAGAGGAAGAGGAGGCCAGACUAGCUGCUCUGAAAGAGGAAGAGGAGAAGAGGAAUCAAAUAAUGGAGAAGUUCGAACUCAUCAGUGGAGACAUCUCCACCCUUACAGACAAAAUCACAGCUAUAGAGACGGCCAUGGAGACCGAAGACACCUCCUUUUUAAAGAGCUACACGAACAUCAAGGAAAGAGCCCAGUGCACACUGCAAGACCCAGAGCUGCUCUCAGGGGCGCUGAUAGAUGUGGCCAAACACCUGGGCAACCUGAAGUUCAGAGUCUGGGAGAAGAUACUGGGGAUGGUGCAGUACACUCCUGUGAUGCUGGAUCCUAACACUGCAUGUGCAUAUCUCUCUCUCUCUGAUGAUCUGACCACUGUGAGAAACACGGAUACAGUGCAGAACUGUCCUGACAACCCAGAGAGGUUUAAUCUCUGUCCGUGUGUGUUGGGAUCUGAGGGGUUUACCUCAGGGAAACACAGCUGGGAGGUGAAAGUUGGGAACAAACCUGCGUGGGAUGUAGGAGUGGUGAAAGAGUCCAUCAACAGGAAGGAUGGUCUAUUAUACAGCCCAGAGAGAGGAUUCUGGGUCAUAAAUCGGAGGAACGGUGAUAAGUACACAGCAUCAGGAGGUACUCUCACACUGGAGAGGAAACCCCAGAGCAUCAGGGUGCAGCUGGACUAUGACCGGGGGGAGGUGUCCUUCUUCAACUCCAGUGACAUGUCACUCAUUCACACUUUUAAAGACACAUUUACUGAGAGGGUGUUCCCAUACUUCUGUCCCUGUGCGAGAGAUGGCGGUAAGAACGAUGAACCCCUGAAAAUCUGCCCAGUGAAAGUCUCUGACGAUCUUUGUUGCUCUGUUUGUUGUGCAAUUUUUAAAGAGCCUGUUCUCCUGAAAUGCAGCCACAGCUUCUGUAGAGUGUGUCUGCAGCAGUGCUGGAAACAGAAGAGCUCUCGAGAGUGUCCCAUCUGCAGGAGAAAGGCUUCUAUGGAGGAACCUCCUCGAAACCUGGCCUUACAAAACAUUGUGGAGACUUACUUAAAGCAGAAGACUGAGAGAAAAACUGCAGACAAGACUGAGGCUCGCUGUAGUCUUCAUGGGGAGAAACUUCUUUUAUUCUGCGAACAUGACAAAGAGCCUCUCUGUGUCAUCUGUCAGACUUCAAAAAAACACAGAAAGCACCCAAUCUGUCCAGUGGAAGAGGCCGCACGGGAGCUAAAGGAGGAACUCAAGCCUGCACUUAAUCUUAUUAAAGAAAAGUUUAUGAAGGUUGAACAAGGAUGUAAGAAGACAGCAGGACACAUCAGGAGACAAGCCCAGCUCACAGAGAGGCAGAUGAAGGCUGAGUUUGAGAAGCUCCACCAGUUACUGCGAGAGGAAGAGGAGGCCAGACUAGCUGCACUGAAAGAGGAAGAGGAGAAGAGGAGUCAGAUAAUGGAGGGGAAGUUAAAACACAUCAGUGGAGACAUCUCCACCCUUACAGACAAAAUCACAGCUAUAGAGACGGCCAUGGAGACCGAAGACACCUCCUUUUUAAUGAGCUACAAGAACAUCAAGGAAAGAGCUCAGUGCACACUGCAGGACCCAGAGCUACUCUCAGGGGCGCUGAUAGAUGUGGCCAAACACCUGGGCAACCUGAAGUUCAGAGUCUCGGAGAAGAUGCUGGGGAUGGUGCAGUACACUCCUGUGAUGCUGGAUCCUAACACUGCAUGUGCCAGUCUCUCUCUGUCUGAUGAUCUGACCACUGUGAGACACACAGGUACAGUGCAGAACUGUCCUGACAACCCAGAGAGGUUUAGUCGCUGUCCAUGUGUGCUGGGAUCUGAAGGGUUUACCUCAGGGAAACACAGCUGGGAGGUGAAAGUUGGGAGUAAACCUAAGUGGGAUGUAGGAGUGGUGAAAGAGUCUAUGAACAGAAAGGAAGACAUAACAUACAGCCCAGAGACAGGAUUCUGGGUAAUAAUGUUGAGGAAUGGUGAUGAGUACAGUUCAGCAGGAGGUACUGUCCUCACACUGGAGAGGAAACCCCAGAGCAUCAGGGUGCAUCUGGACUAUGACAGGGGGGAGGUGUCCUUCUUCAACACCAGUGACAUGUCACUCAUUCACACUUUUAAAGACACAUUGACUGAGAGGGUGUUCCCAUACUUCUGUCCUGGUGUGAGAGAUGGCAGUAACAAUGAACCCCUGAAAAUCUGCCCAAUGAAAGUCUCUAGAGCUUCUCGGGCGGUGACUGCCUUUUCGUCCGCCGCCUCUCCGAGCCAGGAACGGGACCGGGAAUAG